AUGUCCGAACUGGUCCGGGCGCUGGCCGAAAAGCCGGACAUCACCAAGCCACGAUGGGACCAGAGCACGUUCGACGGCCGCGCCCGACACUUCUUCGCCGUUGUGAACCCGCUCAACAUUUUUGUUACGAACGCUCAAUUAGAGGAAUGCCGACGGGUCGUCACUGAGUAUAAGUAAGUCCUUACGAAAGACGCUUUAAUUUGGCAUACUUUUUUUUGGUUUUUGCUUCGUGAAUUUUUGAGAAAUUGAGAUUAAAAAAAAUUUCCAAUUUUUUGUGACAUGGAGAAUAUUUUGAUAAAAUCUGAGGGAAGUUUUGCUUUAGAGAAGGAAAAAUUCCCGAGAACUUAACCGUGGAGCAGUUGUGGAGAGCCAAACAACUUUAUGACUCCGCCUUUCAUCCGGAAACGGGCGAAAAAAUGCCCUUGAUCGGCCGAAUGUCGGCUCAAGUACCAUGCAAUACGAUUAUUACUGGUGGUCUACUUACCUUUUACAAGUGAGUUUACACUCUUUCCUAUCGUUCGAAAUCCUUUGAACGUUGUUUUGGCCGCUUUCUGAAUGUUUUUGGCCGAGAGAAAGACUUGACCCAAAUUGAGUCAAGUGUUCCUCUCGGUGGAAUUGUUGGUAAAUUGAAGUAAAAUGCGAUUUUAAGAGGAACCGCGGCUGUUUUGUUUUGGCAAUGGCUGAAUCAGACCUACAAUGCGACAGUAAAUUACACAAAUCGUUCGGGUGAGCAUGCAGUCACUGGAAAUCAAUUGCUGAAAGCGUAUUGUUGCGCAACGGGCGGUGCGAUGGCCUCGGCGUUAACUCUGAACUCAUUGGCAAAGGUAAGAGUGAUUUUUGGCAGAAUAUGGUGUUGUUUUUCCAACAGAAUUUGAGAUUUUUUUAACCAGGAAAAUAUUUCUAUGGGGCAUGGAGUUACAGGACGAGAAGUAUAUUAAAAAAAUCGCAACAUUCUACAGAUUUAUUUCUUCACAAAAAUUUUUGUGUAAAAAAGAGUACUUCAUGGAGAUCCUAGAUUUUGCCGAGUGAACUCAAGGCAUUUGGGGGACCUGGGAUGCGCUGGGAGGUGUCUGCGUUCGCUUGAGGGGUUUUAUCCUUGUGUACUUCAAGACGUACCCGGUUAGGGCUGAAAAUAAAUAAUUAAAAAAAAAUUUUAAUAAAAAAUAAAAAGAAAAAAACAAAAAAAUAAAAUUAAAGUUAAAUAAAGCCUCACCCCGUCCAUAGUCUUCAAAACCGCAGCCAUACCGUCCGCAGGCUUGUCCCGGACCCUUGAGCUUUCCAACAAUUUCCAACUUCUACUCAGUCUGCCAUACGCAAGGGGGGGGGGCAUGUCGUCCACCAUGCCCAUCCCCAGGCCGCGCAAGGCGGGCAGCGACUCGUGCCACAGCCGACGGGACGCCUUGAACUUCUUCACAAACAAACUCAAAGCCGACGAUGAUGAGCAGGCUGAAAAGGAAUAGUCAACUUUUGCGCUUUUCUGGGCAAAACAUGCAAUUUCAAAGACAAAUUUAUAACACACUGGGCGCCACAAAGUCUAUAUUUUUGCACCGUGCGGACGCAUGAAUUUGCCGCUGCGCCGCCGGACUGCCGCAAGAAAAAAGCCGUUUUCCAUUGCGCCGCAGCGAAAUUUGAGACAGAAAUUGCACGGUGCAAAAAAGUUUUGAAAAGGAUCGCAAAACGAUAAGAAGGCGAAAUGCACUGUGAAAAUGCUAACACUAAACUGUGCAGAAAUGUCUAAGCUUAUUGGCCCACCUAUUAGUAUUUAGCGCUAUUUUCGUAAAGUGCGUAGACUUUUUUGCCUUUCGUCGCAAACUCAGCGUGCGCUGUUUUUCGCACAAUGCAAACUCGAAAAAAGCAACUUGCACGGUGCACGUCAAACUGAGGAGUCCGGUGACCGGAAUAGACCCUUCGCUAUCGGUUUUUUACACUUCGUCUUGAUUUCGCAGAGAAAGAGAGAAAAAAGACACGCAAAAGCGUACUCUCUCGCCCCAAACAUUCCCCAUUUCUCUCCCGAAAAAGCGUUUUUUCGCGCCUUUUUUUGGCAAAUUGCCAAUCCAUUCACCGGACUGUUUUAGCUUAUCUCAGUUUGACGUGCGGUGCAACUGUGCAAAAAGUUUUUUCGCCAGGCAAAAAAAGUCUACGCACUUUAUGAAAAUAGCCCAAAAAAUAGCCGUCCCCCAACUUACUUUGAAUUCCCUCGUCUUCGUGCUCGAACACCUUGAAUUCGGCCAAGCUCGGCGUUUGACCAUCGAAGAGAGCACUGCACGAGUUUAGCAGUGCUCAGACUGCGGCUCCGUUCAUCUCGGUGAGGUGUUCCAAGGGAGUGGGACGAGAACACACUGACAAGGGAAUGGUCUGAACUUCCCCCAGCGUUAAGGAAAAUGACUAUUACAGGUGGAUAGAGCAGGUCGACUUUGGUAGAAAAAGGCAAUUUCCAGCUGCAAAAUAAGCACCGCCGACGAGGAAAAUCGACCGAAAGUUCCGAAAAAAUUUCCUCUUUCUCUUCCCUCGGAAAAGAAGAGGAGCAUCCAGUGGUUCGGUUGGUCGAGUGGAUAGAGCGUCCGCUCGAUAUCCUUUUGGGGGUUGGUUCGAUUCCGGGGCAGCGCGAGUGGUUAUGAUAAGGCAUCAGUGGCCAAGAUAAACUCUUGUGGACCAAAAAAAAUAUUUUGCAAUUGUUCAAUUUUCUAGAGAUCAUAAAACACAUAAUAAUAAAGGGUUUCUAUGUAAAUUUCUCCAUUUUUUCUGUAAGAUUCCAGAACGGUUCCAGUCAUAUUCAAUAAUUCACAAGAGUUUAUCUUGGUCACUGAAGCCUUAUCAUAGCCACUCGCGCUGCCCCGGAAUCGAACCAACCCCCAAAAGGAUAUCGAGCGGACGCUCUAUCCACUCGACCAACCGAACCACUGGAUGCUCCUCUUCUUUUCCGAGGGAAGAGAAAGAGGAAAUUUUUUCGGAACUUUCGGUCGAUUUUCCUCGUCGGCGGUGCUUAUUUUGCAGCUGGAAAUUGCCUUUUUCUACCAAAGUCGACCUGCUCUAUCCACCUGUAAUAGUCAUUUUCCUUAACGCUGGCACGCCACGAAAAAAGUGGAAAUAGAGAAAUUCGCGGGAAAAUGUUUUGCGACAUUUCAUACGCUGAAACCUUUUCAAGUAAAUAACAAAAAUGAUUCCAAAAUUCUAAUAAACAACAAUUUACGUGUGAAACCGGCGAGAAAGCAUCGAAAGGCAUCUAGGAGAUGCACCCCAAACUUCUUAGAUUGAUCAAAGAAGAGAAAAGAAAUUAUAUUGUACUAGGCAAAAUUGGAUCAAAAUCGAUGAAUCUGACCGAAUUCGAGCUCUUCCGGGGUUUGCAGGGCUUUGAUCCUGCUACAACAGACCAAUACUAAAUUGAAAUUCAUCAAAUCUUCUUUAUGUCCACCUAAACAUCAAACCAAUAAGAAUAAUUAAAACUACAUAAAUUUUCGACUAUCCAUCGAAUUUGUCGGAUGCAAUCUGAACUCGGAAUUCAAUCUCCACACCCAUGGGUACAUUAUGCUGGCUUUCACAUUCUACUUCAACAUGGACCGGCUGAAAUAUCAAUUAUAUUAUUUUAGGUAUAACCAGAGAAAAUUAUUAGCUCAAUGGCCUAGAAAAACAAAAAAAUCAAAAAGGCAACGUCACAAACUUACCUUGAAAUGUUCUAAACGUCGUCUGCUUCCUCUGAUCCAGCUUUGCUCACGCCUUCUCCAGUCCUUCCUUGCGUUUCUCCGUCAGUUCCUGCAAAAUGGUACAAUAAUGAACCGACAAGUGCCCUUUUUCGAUAGUAAAAUUUCCAGAUUUCUUCUUUAUAACGUCCGCUAAGAUGUCUCGCACAACACCACAUGGCGAUUAAUCAAAAAUCUGGGUGCAAAAAGAGAAAUCCUACCUUUUCUGGAGACACCAUCAGCUCUUGCAGAACGAUGCAGUAAUGAACCGACAAUCGCCCUUUUUCAACUGUAAAACUUCCAGGUCUCUUCUUUAUAACGUCCGCUAGGAUGCCUCACACAAAUCAGAUCGGCUCCUUUGUACCUAAACCGGAUGAGUAAAGAGAAAUCCUACCUUUUCUGGAGACACCAUCAGCUCCUGCAAAAUGAUGCAAUAAUGAACUGACAAGUGCCCUUUUUCUAUAGUAAAAUUUCCCGAUUUCUUCUUUAUAACGUCCGCUAAGAUGUCUCACACAACACCACAUGGCGAUUAAUCAAAAAUCUGGGUGCAAAAAGAGAAAUCCUACCUUUUCUGAAGACACGUCCAUAGCUGCAGAAUCAAUGUUUGGGUCACAGCGCGGUGGGCCGGGCUCCAUGGACUCAUCCGUUACAUUCAACACUUGAAACUCAAAGCAACGUAAUUUUAAAGAUAAUAUACUUCCCGAAAUUGUUCCAAAUCUCAGAGUUACAAUACUAUCUUACACAAUAUUCAUUCCAUCAAAAAAAUCAAAAAUAUUGGGCGCAGCUCGAAAUCUCUAUUUCCAAUUUUGCCUUACGUUUUUCGUGGCGUGCGCUGGGGGAAGUUCAGACCAUUCCCUUGUGAGGAAAUUCCACGAAACUCGUCGCCUUUAUAGCGGGAAAUCAUGCAAACAUUAUGCAAAUUUUUGGUGGGAAAAAUUCCAAAAUUGGUGGAGCGAAAUUUGCAUAUUUGCAUUUUUGGUCGACUUUUGAAUAUGAAAAAGGCGUUUAACUACAGUGUGGGACCUGAUCCAGUCGCCAAAAAUGUACCAUUUUGCUUCCGGGAAGCAUCAAAAAUGUGGCAAAAUGCUUCCCUCUCCAAAUGAAAAAACGUCGUUUUGAAGGACGCGCUUUUGAAAUCGGAGUUUUUUCACUUGGAGAGGGAAGCAUUUUGCCACAUUUUUGAUACUUCCCGGAUGCAAAAUCGUACGUUUUUUGCCACUGGAUCAGGGCCCCCACUGUACGUACAUGACUGGAUUUUGAGAUCUAGCGCAAAUUCCGAAAAUUUUCAGAAACUACCUCCGGUUUAUGGCCGCCUUGUCCCAUUCUGCUCAAUUGCGAUCGCGAACGCGAUCAACAAUCCCAUGAUGAGGAUCAAGGAAUUCACGGACGGAAUUACUUUGGAAGACGAAAGCGGCCGAAAAGUCGGCUCCUCAACGGCCGUCGCGAAGACGGCGAUUGCUCAGGUCGUUGUCAGUCGAAUCCUCAUGGCCGUCCCUUAUAUGGGCAAGUUUUUUUCGAUUUCUUCUAACAAGGAAACUACCCAAAAUUCGGAAAAAUGCACAAGAAUAAAAAUUUUUUUUGGAAAGUACUUGUAUGGGGUAUGGAGUUGCAGGUCGAGACAUAUAUCAAAAAAAUCGCAAAAUUUUUCGGUUUCGGAAUAUGUAAAAAUUUGCUGCCCAAUUUUGGUUUGUAAUGGUGAAAAAUCCUCAGAAUUUUUUUUUUGCAACACCACGAAAAUGCCUUUUUGACCAAGUUUUUACCAAUUCAAAAGCUUUGUUUGGAGCUAAAGUAAACCCUGGUAUCUUGAAAAGCCUUAAAAUAUCAAAUUUGAUUAAUACUACACCUUAAUAGUGGUUCCAAUGUACAAAAGGUUUUUUUAUUUUUUGCAAUGCCCCUUUUUUACAUUGGCACUACUAUUAAGCUGUAGAAUUAAUCAAAUUUGGUAUUUUAAGGCUUGUCAGGGUUUACUUCAGCUCAAAACAAAACUUUUGAAUUGGCAAAAACUUGGUCAAAAAAGGCAUUUGCGCGGUGUUGCGAGAAAGGUUCUGAGGGUUUUUUCGUCCUUACAAACCAAAAUUGAGCAGCUAAUUUUUACAUAUUCUAAAUCAGAAAAAUUUUGCGAUUUUUUGAUAUAUGUCUCGACCUGUAACUCCAUACCCCCAUGGAAGUACCUUCCUUGUAAAAAAUUUUUUUGAAUUUUGGAAGCUUUUGAAAAAAUCUUUUUUUUUCGAAAGUUACAGUACCCUUGAUGCUGAAAUUGUUUUCAGUCCUCACCCCAUUGGCCGUGAAUUCCCUGGAGAAGCGGUGGGCGUGGUUCCGCGCUCGGCCCUUCCUCUCCGGCCCCUUCCAAACAGCCAUGUGCGGCGUGAUUCUGAUGCUCUCCACGCCAUUAUGCUGCGCCAUAUUCCCGCAAAAAGCCCAAAUCAAAGUCGGAGAUCUCGAACCCGAGGUCAGAGACCAGAUCCGCGCCCUGCCCAACCCGCCAGAGGUGGUUUAUUACAACAAAGGCCUCUAG